AUGGCUGAAAAAGCAUUUUCUUCUAAGAAUUUUAGUGCAUCUUCAGCUAUUAUCCCAUGUAGCCGAACUAGCUUUGACGUGGUUUCAGUAUCUCGGGGAGGAGGCAGUGCAGGCUUUGGACGUGUCAAUGGUGGAUUUGGCAGCAGAAGCUUCCAUGGUUUUGGAACAAGAAAAAGAAUGUCCAUGGGUGGAUUUAGUAUUGGCAGAUCCGCAUAUAGUUAUGGAUUGGGUCAUGGUGGAAUUGGGUACAGGUUUGGUAGUGGUGUCUAUAGCCAUAUUGGCUGUGGAGGAGUUGGAGCCAUGGGCAUCCGUGAGGUUACUGUCAACCCAAGCCUUCUGGCACCUCUCAGCUUGGAGAUUGACCCAACCAUCCAGAGGGUAAGGAAAGAAGAAAAAGAACAGAUCAAGACCCUUAACAACAAAUUUGCUUCUUUCAUAGACAAGGUCCGUUUCCUUGAGCAACAGAAUAAAGUUCUAGAGACCAAAUGGGGCCUCUUACAGGAGCAAAAGGUGACAAGUCGGAGUUUUGAACCUUUCUUGGAGGCUCACAUCAAUCAUCUCAGGAGGCAACUGGAGAAUCUUUUGAAUGAGAGACCACGGCUAGAUACAGAAAAGAAGAACCUGCAAGAUGCUGUGGCAGAUUUCAGGAUCAAGUAUGAAGAGGAAAUCAACAAGCACAUAACUGCAGAGAAUGAAUAUGUGAUGCUCAAGAAGGACGUGGAUGCCACUUUUAUGAAUAAAGUGGACCUACAGGCUAAGGUGGACUCCCUGAGAGAUGAAAUCAACUUCUUGAGAAAUCUCUGUGAAGCAGAAUUAGCUCAGUUGCAGAAACAAAUUUCUGACACCUCUGUGGUUCUCCAAAUGGACAACAACCGAAACUUGGACAUCAACAGCAUCAUUGCUGAGGUCAAGGCUCAAUACGAAGAUAUAGCCAGCCGAAGCAGGGCUGAGGCAGAAUCCUGGUAUCAAAGGAAG